AGACGUUGAUAUCUACUUCAAAGUGCUGCAGUGAAGAUGAAAUGGAAUAACGCAUGGGAAGCAUUUAAUCCAGUGCCUGACAUGAGAUCUCUGUUCCUUCUAGAGGAAAGUCUAGCUGCAUUUCUUUGGGGGCCCAAGAUGGGUCGCCGAGCUCAGCAGGAGUCAGCUCAAGUGGACAAUCAUCUCAGUAACAAGAACUCCUCUUCGAUUCUGACUGGAGAGGCUCCCCCUCCCAAGCCGCCGCGCAGGCAAGGAGGCUGGGCAGAUGAUUCCACGAAGGCUUCAAAGUCAGGAAGGAGGGCUUCUGAAGAAAUAGAAGAUCACCGCCUCAGACAGCAGAGCUUGGAUGGAUCAGAUGACGGAGGAGAUAUUCCUGUUAUUCCGGAUCUGGAAGAAGUACAGGAAGAAGACUUCGCUUUGCAGGUGGCAGCCCCCCCCAGCAUCCAGGUCAACCGGGUGAUGACCUACCGUGACCUGGACAAUGACCUCAUGAAGUACUCAGCCUUUCAGACCUUGGAUGGAGAGAUUGACCUGAAGCUCCUCACCAAAGUCCUGGCGCCAGAGCACGAAGUCCGAGAGGUCAGUAGCAGCAGAAGCUCCUUCCCGUGGGCUGCGUCAUCCCUACGACCAGCCGGCUCCCCAGCGAUGACGUCAGCUGGGACUGGGACCGUCUGUACACCGAGGUGUCCUCAGAGCUCCUCACCGAAUGGGACCUGCUGCAGGCGGAGAAGGAGGACCCCGUGGGACAGCCCACGCACACCUGAGCCCUAGGUGGUCAGCAGACUGCUGUCCCCGCACAGAGUAAUUUCUGCUUUGGACUUGAAAAAAACGCGAUAAGCCUACAGCUGAAGAAGCUUGCCGGUAGCUUAGCAUUUUUGUAUGGAAUAUUUUGUAAUAAAAAUGCUUAUUUUCAGUAGACCAUGUUGGAUCAUUCAAGUGUAAUAAAUUGCUUUAUGCUGUG